AGUAGGGACAGCUCUAUGCCCCUAUUCAGCAGGAAGAAGUUACAGAAGAUGAGACCUUCCAUCGUCAACAACCUUAAAGAUUUAAGGGUCAUGCCCUUCCGCCGCGGGAGCCAUUGGAGAGUUGCAGCCAUGGCUCUGCGCUACCCUAUGGCCGUGGGCCUCAACAAGGGCCACAAAGUGACCAAGAACGUGAGCAAGCCAAGGCACAGCCGCCGCCGCGGGCGCCUCACCAAGCACACCAAGUUCCUGCGGGACAUGAUCCGAGAGGUGUGCGGCUUCGCCCCCUACGAGCGGCGGGCCAUGGAGCUGCUCAAGGAGUGCAAGGACAAGCGCGCCCUCAAGUUCAUCAAGAAAAGGGUGGGGACGCACAUCCACGCCAAGAGGGAGCAAGAGGAGCUGAGCAACGUCCUCGCCACCAUGAGGAAAGCGGCGGCCAAGAAGGAUUGAGCCCCCUGCCCAUCUGUAAUAAAGCGUUUUUGGGGAAAAAAAAAAAAAAAAA